CAUCCGUAUCCACAGAGGUAUCUGCGAAGUUGCAACCAACCAUAACACAUUACUCUUUAAAGGAAACCACCAACACGAUCCACAUUUCAUUCGCCAUAGCUGCAUCAUCACCAUCAACACUCGCCCUCCUGUAGUAAUCUCUCAAUCUCUCUCUAUUUCUCGCGAACAGGAACCGCUCUCUGUUCUCUCUGUCUCUCUCGCCUCGCAAUGGGGAAGAAGAAGAACAAGAACAACCAUGAGGAUCAGGACCACAAUCACGAAGGGGAGGAAGAGGUAAUACAGAAGAAGGAAGCAGGUGAUGGUGGAGCCAAGAAGGAUGGAGGAAAGAAUCCUCCGACUACAGUUUUCAAGGUCGAAAUGCACUGUGAGGGUUGCGCAUCUAAGAUCAUCAAAAUGGCUCGUCGUUUGGAAGGUGUAGAAAGCGUCAAAGCAGACACCACAGCAAGCAAGUUAACAGUGAUAGGGAAAGUGGAUCCUUCCCAGAUUCGAGAAAUUCUCCACCAAAAGACCAAGAAGAAGGUGGACAUUAUCUCUCCUCAGCCCAAGAAGGAAGAUUCUAACAACAAAAACAACAGGGAUGACAAUAAGAAAUCCAGCGAGAAGAAGCCAGACGCAGAAAACAAGAAGCCAGACGCCGAUAAUAAGAAACCAAAAGAGGCACCGGUGACGGCGGCGGUAAUCAAGGUGGCAUUCCACUGCCUGGGAUGUAUCGAGAAAAUUCACAAGAUUGUUAUUAAAACGAAAGGUGUGCAGGAGAUGACACUGGACAAGCAAAAGGAAACGGUGACAGUCAAAGGCACCAUGGACGUAAAGGCAUUGACUGAAGAUUUGAAGAAGAGACUCAAGAGACCUGUUGAGAUUGUUCCACCCAAGAAGGAAAAAGAUGCCGGUGGUGGAGGCGACAAGGACGGCAAGAAUGCUGGCGGUGGCAACAGCGGGCAGAAGAAAAACAAGGGCGGUGACAGCCAAGAUAAUGCUGGUGGAGGCGACAAGGACGGCAAGAAUGCUGGCGGUGGCAACAUCGGGCAGAAGAAAAACAAGGGUGGUGACAUCCAAGAUAAUGCUGGUGGAGGCAAUGCCACAGCUAAAAUGGAAGUGAGCAAAAUGGAGUAUGCAAUGCAACCCGGAUUCGGCUAUUGUCCGGGUCCUGCGGUGGGACAGCUUGUGCCUGUGUAUUGGAACGGGUACAUGGGUCAGCCUGUUCAUGUGCCUGUACCUAUGUCCAUGCCUGUGCAUGAGUAUGGAUAUGGAGCCGGGCAAGUCUCGGGUAAUUCUGUGUACAUGAAGUUCAACGAUGAGAAUUCAGAUGCCUGCUUGGUAAUGUGAAGAAUGAAGUGUUGAGCAAUUGGACGUGGGAAAAUAUUUGAGUGUAAAUAAUAAAAUAGAGAAAUAGUGAGAAACAAAAGAAAAUUCUCGAUUUUAGUUAACCAAUGAGAUAAUCUUAGGGAUGGCAAGAGAAGUUACCCGCAAAAUACACUCUACCGAAAUCUAAAUGUGAUGAUUAUCUAAAUCUAACUCAAUUAAGAUGAAUUUUAAAUUAGAAAAUUUAUUAUUUAGUUUUUUAUUUAUUGAUUAUAUAAUUUUAAAAAAGUUUUAUAUUAAAAUAUUUUUAAAAUUUUAAAAAAUUUAUAGUUAAUUAUUUUUACUAUUUAAUUUUUAUAUUUAAAAAAAAUUAUUAUCUUUUAAUUUUAUAAAAAAUAUAUUAAUUAAUUCUUCUGUAUUAAAGAGUUGUAUUAAAGACUUUCCGGGUCUAUGGGUUUGUCGCCUACCAAUCAUUCGUCAAAAUUAGCGAAUGAAACCCUCCUUCGUCUUAGAUGUCCUUAUUAGUUGUACGGCGUGAUUCAUGCAUUACACCUGCCUUAAUAAUAUAUGCAGUUUGCUGCUCACCCUUUUUGGAGGGUUAGGUGUCCUCUAGUUUUUGGGAAGGAAGGAGGAGAAGAAAGCAAAUGUAAAGCAUUUUCCUGGAAAUUGUGGGAUCCAUAUAAUGUAAAAGUUUGAAGACCACCCACAUGUGCCCUACAAGAUAAGGACACGAAUUGUAGGGCAGCAGUAGUGCUAGAGGAGACCCUCCCUCCAUUGAUUUUGUGCUUUUAUAGGGCUUGUGAAUGGUAAAAUUGGCCAAAUUAAUUAUUAAUGUCAUUCCAGCUUGGAGUUAGAGGUGAGGUAGUACAAAC